AUGCAGUCCCUUACGGAGGAAGCUUACAUCGCACAGAAGAGUAUGUUCCUUGACAUACUCCGCUUCCUGAAGAAUAAGGUCAGCGCGGAAGCGCCUGCCGUCGGCGCGAAUCCCUUGCCGACAUCGCGCACGACUUUGCCGCGGAUCCAGCUGCCACAAUUCUCGGGUCGGUACGAAGAGUGGCCUUCCUUCCGGGAUCUCUUCAACUCACUCAUCGUGAAAGAUGCCUCCACAGCUCAAGUCGAGAAGCUUCACUACUUGAAGACGUGCUUGAAAGUGGAAGCGCGUCUACAAGCCCUCGAAUCCAACUGGGAAAAAUUCGACAUUCAACACAAGCUCCUCGCCGCAUACAGGGACGCCCUGGCAGGACAUGACUACCUGAAGAAGGACAUGCAGUCCCUUACGGAGGAAGCUUACAUCGCACAGAAGAGUAUGUUCCUUGACAUACUCCGCUUCCUGAAGAAUAAGGUCAGCGCGGAAGCGCCUGCCGUCGGCGCGAAUCCCUUGCAGACAUCGUGCACGACUUUGCCGCGGAUCCAGCUGCCACAAUUCUCGGGUCGGUACGAAGAGUGGCCUUUCUUCCGGGAUCUCUUCAACUCACUCAUCGUGAAAGAUGCCUCCACAGCUCAAGUCGAGAAGCUUCACUACUUGAAGACGUGCUUGAAAGGUGAGGCGGAACUAUUAAACCGCAGUUUGCCGACGACAGCCGAGAAUUUCGAUCGCGCGUGGAAAAUCCUGACAGGAUAUUACGAGAAUAAACGUCUUCUAGUUCGUUCUUACAUUUCGCGAUUUUCGGCUCUUCAGAAACUCAAAAGUGAACCCGCUACCGAAUUAAGAAAAUUAUAUCACGGCGUGAUGAGCACCGUCAGCGCUCUCGAAAGCAUCGGACGGCCGAUAACGCGCGGCGAGGAUCUCUUCGUUCAUCUCGUCGUGGAUCUCCUUGAUUCCCGGUCACGUCGCGAGUGGGAAAGUUCUAUCAGUGAUGCCACGGAACCUCCGUCGUAUACCGCGUUGCAACAGUUCAUAGACCGUCGGCUUCAUACGCUAGAAUCCUUGCAGUCUAGUCAACCGGAGACUAGCCCUGCGAAAUCAAGUCUAAAUUCGGGACGUCGGACGCGCGUACUUCACGCUCAUAAACCCGCUAACAAACGCGGACAGUGCUCUAUCUGCAAUCAAGAUCACUACAUCAUGUUUUGUGAUGGCUACAAGGCCAAGACCGCCGCGGAAAAGAGACAACACGUUGAAGCUAACAAUCUUUGCUUCAACUGCCUCGGCAAGCACAAGCUAAGUGAGUGUACCUCGCAGAAAACAUGCUCAUCGUGUCGCGCGCGUCACCACACGACGUUGCAUGAUACAUUUAAAGUAAGCGAAGUCGCGACAUCCUUGCACUUCGCGCAGCGAUCUCAAGAAGCAACAGUGCUUCUAGCUACAGCUCGCGUUCGCGUAACAGAUCAAGACGGGGUCGUGCACAUCGCGCGUGCCCUUCUAGAUCAGGGCUCCGACUCAUCGAUGAUCACUUCUUCACUGGCACGACGAUUGCGAUUAGUUCGCCAAGCAGCUUCUAUCCGAAUAAUCGGCGUCGGUGGGAAGCGGUCGGGUCGCGUUAGCAGCCGAGUCAAGUUCCAGAUUUUACCUCAAGGACGAGGACCGCCGAUAACUGUGACGGCAAUAGUCUUUCCUCAGAUCACCACCGUAAGCGGAUGGUGUAAAAGAGAUCGACGAGCGUGGACACACCUCCGAGGACUGAAGCUCGCCGACCCUGACUUUAAGGAACCGGACCCGUUGGACAUUCUGCUGGGCGCGGAUGUCUACGCCGAAAUCCCCCAGCUAGGCCUUCGGAAGGGAGCUCCCCACGAACCUAUAGCUCAACGGACGUCAUUAGGUUGGGUUCUGUCUGGACCCGCGGGAACAACUGGCGAAACGAUGCAACGCAACGCUCAGUCGUACCAUUGCCAAACGGACGAAGAAUUGUCUUCUCUCGUAAGUAAAUUCUGGCAGCAAGAAGAACUGCCCGUCUCUGGCUCGCCACUUACUCCAGAGGAUCAAUAG